AUGCAACCCAUCGGUCGACGACGCCGCUGGCGUGAUGUAGUGGAGCGCGCCCAAUUUAAUGCGCAAUUACGGCAAUUGCGGGAUCCUGUCCCUGGGGAUAAUAUUGGAAUGGCUUUGACCGAAACACUGCAUCAAGCCAUUGAAACAGAACUGGGCCGCGAGCAGCGACCUGCCCACCAUUUCGUGAAUUUUGCCAUCACGGCGCAUGGGUUCACCCACGCUUAUCAAACAGCCAAUUUUACCGUGGGGGAAUUUUUACAACGCACGGCACGAUUGGAUGAGAUGUUGGCCACCUUGGCCGGCAAGUUGAAUAGCAAUGAAGCCUUCAACCCCGAUCGCGGUUUCCAAGUGGAUGUGGUGUUUGUCUCUAUGCCUGGUCGAGGGUCUGGUCGACAUAAACAACGCAAUGCGGGACGUCUAUGCCUGGAUCGAGACAACAAGAAAAAACGUUGUAUCGUUACCAUCCGAAACAGAGAUGCCUUAUGCUGUGCUCGCGCUAUCGUCACCAUGCGAGCCCACUGCCAUAAAGAUCAAGGCGUGGAUGGGUUUCGCGACUGGGACAAUCUCAAACGGGGGCGUCCUGUGCAGUUACGUCAAGCCCAAGCACUCCAUCAGCAAGCGGGGGUGGCUGAGGGUCCCUGUGGUUUACCCGAGCUUCGCCAAAUUCAACAGACGUUGGGGUCUCAGUAUCAACUCUUGGUGAUGACCCGGAUGAAACCCUUUUUUCUCAUCUUCAAAGGCCCUGACGCGCCUCAUCCGAUUCGUUUACUCAAAUCCAACGAUCAUUUUGAUGGUUGUACGUCCUUUCCUGCGUUUGUCAACCGCUCCUAUUAUUGCCUGGACUGUAAACGGGGGUUCAACACCAACGAUCGGACCCAUCACACUUGUCAAGGGAGACGCUGCCGUGCUUGUGGGCGCUUUGAUUGUCAGGAUUAUGUGCGUGGCACCCGCCCCACGGAGUAUUGCAGUCUGUGUCACCGCAAGUUUUACGGUGGGUAUUGCAAACGUCAUCAUGAAGUCACUAAGCAAUGUCAAUCCAUCAAAACCUGUCUCAAAUGUCAGGCCCAGUACACGGUCGUCCCUAACAAACGUCACCAGUGCGGGUAUGCCAAGUGUCCCGUCUGUCAGGAAUGGGUACCCAUCCAGGACCACAAGUGUUACAUUCAACCCGUGGUAGAGAAUGAGGAAGAAGAACCAACCGAGGAGGGGGGAGGUAGCAUGGUGGCGCCACCCCCUCCCCUGUUUGUUUACGCCGAUUUUGAAGCCAUGCAGAAUGCGGAAGGCGUGUUUGUGGCCAAUUUGUUGUGUUAUUCGUCCAGUGAAGAAACCACCAUUCAUGUGUUGGACGGGGAGGACUGUGCCCUACAAUUUUUGCGCGAAUUGGAUGAUCUCACGAACCUACCGGACACAGAGGGUGAACGGAACAUUCUCGUGGUGUUUCACAACUUGAAAGGGUUUGACGGCAUGUUUAUUUUGCACGAACUGUACCAGCAACAACGCGAAGUGGUGGAUCAACUGACAGUGGGCGCGAAAGUGUUGUCCUUCAGGAGCGGCGCUGUCAAAUUCAUUGACUCGUUGUGUUUCUUGCCCAUGCCGUUGGCCUCGUUUCCCAGCACCUUCAAUUUGACCGAAUUAAAAAAGGGCUUCUUUCCGCAUUUGUUCAAUACCCCCGAUCACCAACAGUAUGUGGGCCGCAUCCCCGAUUUGGAAUUUUACGAUCCCGAGGGCAUGAUGGUCAAAAAGAAAGACGAACUGACGCGUUGGCAUGCAGAUCAAUUCCGUCGCAAUGUGCGCUUUGAUUUCCGUCAAGAGAUGAUUGACUAUUGCAAAUCGGAUAUGGCUCUGUUGAAAGCGGGGUGUGAAGCUUUUCAGCAAGAAUUUGAACGGCAGGCCGGUUUCAAUCCUAUGGCCAAGUGUAUCACGAUUGCCAGUGCCUGCAAUCUGUAUUGGCGCAAGCACCAUUUGACCCUUGACACCAUUGCAGUCGAACCGCUAGGGGGUUAG